CAAAAUGGCAGUCAGUUGGCCGUUAAGUGGCAUGAUAAACGUGACGUUCAUAUGCUCACCACUGUUCAUUCAUCAGUGAUGUCAGCCACGGCAAGGAUUGAUCAUGCCACCGGGGAGAGGAAACUCAAGCCAGCUUGUGUUCUUGACUAUAACAAGAAGAUGGGGGCUGUGGACAAGGCGGACAUGGUGAACAGCUUUGUCGAAUGUGCCAGGAAGACUACCAAGUGGUAUAAGAAAGUCUUCUUUCACUUGGUAGACACUGCUGUUCUCAAUGGCCACAUCGUCCACCGUCAACAGUCUGGGAGAGUCAUCCCUUACCAGGAAUACAGACUGAACUUGAUGAAACAGCUGCUCGAGGUGCAUCAUACACCUCGACGCCCAUCCACCGGUGGCCGUCCCACAUCAGACAAUCCAUCAAGAUAACACAUUUCCACCUUCGCCGUUGAGUGGGCAAACUAGAACCUAAAGAUUUUCCAGGAGCUUGCUUGAUCGCCUUGUAGCUAGGGGUCAGGGAAUAAUUUUCCAGUCUCGCCUUUAUUGGCUCAAAUUGGCUGACUGGUUUUUCGAUUCCCUCUGGAAAAGCAGUUUUUAAUUAUAUAAAAUAAAAACAAUUGUUUCAAAUACUGAACUACUGUGUCUUUUGUACAUGUAUCCUGUGAUUUAGAGGCCUGUGCAAUUUACUCAGCUAGCAUACAGUACGAUAUGGGUAAACCAUGUUCAUGAAAUAAGUUACUAGCGUUAGAUGAAAGCCUGCCAGACAACAAUAAUCGUGCAUUGCAAUCCAUUUGGACCGAAGACUUCUGCAGUAUUUAGUAUAAGGUAAAAUCCGACUACACUAAAUAACGCUACGUAACAUGGCCACUAGUUAGUAACAGCUAGGUUAGCUAGGUUAGUUGAAUUACACUCUAGCUAGUUGAAUUACACUAUUACGAGCUAGCUAGUUUAGCAAACACAUCACCUCGUAAAGUACAACAGUUAAUACUUUCAUCUCAAUAUCAUGCAAAAUAUGUGUUGUAACUUCAGUUGAACAAACACUUCACUUACCAGAAAAACGUCGCCAUGAAAGGUAAACAUGGUCCCACGAGGCGGAUGAAAUGCAUCAAGGAGGAGGGGGGUGGGGGGUGGUCGUAAUAUUCUAAACAACCAAUGGGUUGUUGCCUGGUCAAAGCUACGGGGUCCAACAGGUUCAACUCAAAAUGCGAAUAGAGAAAUGCUUAAAUUGUACAGCAAUUCGACAUUAAUGCGUCAUAAUUAAUUUCUGGAACGUUAAAAUUGAUCCAAAAUCACGCGCAUUAAAAACUCACCCUGGGGGACCAGUCAAACAAUUUAGAACGUACGUGUGA